AUGAAAAAAGAACUUACAGUCAAAAACAAGACGCUUGCUGGAACAAGAAAUGCAGCAAUAAAGUCAUUUUUGGCCCCGUCUGCCUCGUACCUCACUCUGCAGCCCACGCACGUGCUGAUACUUUCUAUAUGUUUUAUAAUAAACAUAAUGCUGCUGCACAUAAUAGGGAGAUUUGGGUCGUCAACAGUGCUGCAGGCCAUAAUUAGCCUGGUUGCCCUGGGAGGCGCAAUCGUUCUAGGAUAUUUAACGCAGAGAUAG